UAUGGAACUUGAAAGAGGCUCUUUGCCUAAAGAUCUUAUUUCUGAACCCAGUCCUUCUUUACCUAAAGAUUUCCCUUCUGAGCUCAUUCCUAAAAAUAUCUGUGAAGUGGAAUUCUUUGAUCUUAUAAGAUGUACAUACUAAGAUGGUUCAUAAAUGACUUGUCCAAAAGAAUUUAAAAAAUUCUUAGAAUGUAAACGAGAAAGAGAUCUAAAGUUAUUUAAUGCUUUGUAAAAAUGGGAAAUCUAAAGAGUUAAAGAUCACAAUCCAGCGAUGUAGUAAAUGUACAAACAAGGUCUGCAAAAUAAAAUAAACAGAUUGACUGAAGCAGUUUCUGUGAUGCCUACAAAUUUCUGGUACCUUCAUAAAAGACAGCGUUAUGAAACAGACAUUGAAUAAUUACAAUGGAGAUUGUUUAAUUUGAAUAAAUAUGUAUGAUAAUCCCCCUGAAUAUGUGAAAAUUCCUCCCUUUCGAUUUGUUAAGCCAUACCAACAUGUUUAUAAGACUAAUGUCAAAUCACGUUGGUUAG